AUGGUGGGCAGAAUUAGAGGUAUGGAUGUGGUGAUAUUUUCGGUCAUUUGCGCAAUCGGUGUAUACACCGGUACACGGUUUUUCGAACCUAUCGUAAUCGAUCAGUUGAAGAAGGAUGGGGGUUUGAGAACCGAUGUCGAAAUUCCAAAGUAUGAUGAAGAUGGUAAUCCUGUUUUGCCAAAGAGUAUGUUACAAAUAAGGGAAGAGUUGGAUCAGGUACUAGCGGAGCAAAAACUUGCUAGAGAACAAGCCAAGAAAAAGGACCAGGAAUGA